AUGACAAGUUUAACGGUUUUUUCAUAUUUAUUAAUAUCAAUUUAUAGUUAUAAUACCAUUGCAACAACUAAAUCUACCCGUAUCGGGGGAUUAGAAAGCGAAGAAAAUACUAAAGAAGUUAUUGAAAAUGCUACAACUGCCAAAGAAUUGCCUGCUUCUGUCAGAGCUCAAAUAGAAAGAAAUCGUCAAAGAGCUUUAAUGCUUAAGCAAGCUCGUUUAAUACCUCAUCCUUAUGCAAAAAUGGUGGCAGGCAGUAGGUUUAUAGAUAGUGGUGGUGGGUUUUUAAUUGAAGAAAACAAUGAAGAAGUUAAGCCAACACUGCCUGAGGAAUUAACUACUAUCCCUCCUCCGAUUAUCGAGCCGGAAAGACCCAACUGUUUGGAGUGUAAUGAAAAAUUUCCAGAUUCAUUUUUGUUUUUAAAUUUUGACUACCCUGUAUGUGACAAAUGUAGAGAUAAUGAUGAUAAGCAUGCCCUCAUCACAAAAACUGAAGCGAAAAGUGAAUAUUUGUUAAAAGACUGUGAUUUUGAUAAGCGAGAACCUCCACUUAAAUUUAUUAGCAGGAAAAACCCACAUAAUUCAAAUUGGGGAGAAAUGAAACUGUAUUUAUUAUUGCAAAUUGAAAAACGAGCUCUCGAAGUGUGGGGUACUCCAGAAGCUCUUGAAAAAGAAAAAGAGGAAAGAGAUGAAAAAAAAGAAAAAUCAAAAUUUAAAAAAUAUCAAAAACAAAUGAAAGCUUUAAGAAUGAAUGUAAGGAGUAGCUUGUAUGAUCGUACAACUGCUUCUCACACUCACGAAUUUGGGCCAGAAAAGCAUCUUUAUGAUGAUACUUACACUCAUACUUGUAUUACUUGCAAAUUUGAAGAAAAUUUUGAAAAAAUGUAA